GAAAAAAAGGCUCUUUUGUUUCUUCAUACGUUUCGUUCCCAAAAAUUUUACACACACAACAGAAGAACCAAUUUUACAAUUUUUUUUUUCUCGCCUCCCUUCUUCUUCGACCACUCGCAAAAACCCUAAUUUCAUCAAUUCCCUUUCUGAUUCGGAAUAUUUUCUCUGCAAGUUUCCAUCUUAAUCCAUCCUUCUUCUUCUAUCGCGCUUUAGGAAGCUUAUCGUCUUCUCUCGUUGUGGGUUAUCAAAAAAAAAGAGGCCAUUUCUUUCGAUUGAGCGAUUGAAUCUACGAGGCGAACAAUCACUUUCUAGGUUAGGGUUUUGGUGUGUUCUGUAUCUCUAUCUAUCUCUUCCUUACAUACCCUUGUGGGGGGGGGUUUUGGUGUGUUCUGAUGUUGGUUUGAGAGCGGAGUUUGAUGGUCUUGUUGAACCCUAGGUAGAGAUUUGGGCUGAUUAAUAUUGGCACUGGUGAUUAGAUUUUGAGAUUAUAAGCCUAAGUGUUAGGGUUUCAUCACUUGAAUUGUGGCUGUGGCAUUUGGACAGAGCUCUGUGGGGUUUUUCCCUUGGUGUUUUUACAAGGAUGAGUGUUCCCUAGUUUGUAGCUAAAUUGUCUUCUAAUGGAAGUGUAGAAGGUGUUGUCAUCUUGGAGUAACAAGCUAUUUGGAUUUGUGCAUUAGAGUUUUUAAGGAGCCUAGGGAUUGGAUUUGGAUUCCUCUCCUGCCCUUUGCCUUGGUAGGGAUUUUUUAGAUGCUUGAGAAAGCUAGGAUACGUUAGAACUUUGCUGAAUUUUGUAAGAGGAGCUUUCUCUAUUGUAGUUGAGGGGUGAAGGUCAGAGGAAGUGUAUGUUCUCUCUUUUAUCUGAUGAGGUACAGCUUUUCUAAUGGACAAAGGUGAACAGUCUUUAGCUCCGGAAUGGUUGAGAAGUUCAGGGCAUGCUUCUGGUGGUGGGAGUUCAAACCACCUCCUUGUAUCAUCUUCUUCUCAUUCAGAUUCUGCAUCUUUACAACAUAAUAUCAGGAAUAGGAAUUCUAGGAGCAAAAGUGACGUUGAUUCAAUUCAUUCUCCUUUUCUGGAUCGAUCUUCUUCUACUAAUUCAAGGAGAGGCUCUAGUAAUGGGUCUGCAAAGCAUGCAUAUAGUAGUUUCAACUUUAAUAGGAGUCAAAGGGAUAAGGACCGCAGCAGGGAGAAGGAUAGGGUAAGCUAUGUAGAUCCUUGGGACCUUGACACUGCUAUCCCUAUUAGAACUAUCCUGACUGGUAGGGAUCCGGAUCCAUUGAGACGAUCACAUUCAAUGGUGACAAGGAAACAGGGCGAUCACUUAUCUCGAGGAUUAACUGUGGGUUUGAAAAAUGGUGGCAGUAGUAAUAGUUACAACGGUAUUGGAAUACUUUCUGGAUCUAGCAUUGGGAAUAGCUUUCAGAGAGCUGGGUUUGAUAAGGAUUUUCCUACGCUUGGUGCUGAGGAGAAGCAAGGUGGGCAAGAUGUUGUACGAGUCUCAUCUCCUGGUUUAAGUUCAGCUGUUCAAAACUUGCCAGUUGGUAACUCAGCUUUGAUUGGUGGGGAAGGUUGGACGUCGGCUCUGGCAGAGGUUCCCAAUGUCAUUGAAAAGGCUUGUGCUGGGUCAUUAACGUCUCCAAAAGCUAAUGCUGUUAGCACGGGAGCUUUAUCUGGACCGAGUGGUCUUAACAUGGCUGAAGCAUUGGUGCAAGCUCCAGCAAGAACUCACACCCCUCCCCAGGGAUCUGUGAAGACACAAAUACUCGAGGACUUGGCAAUCAAGCAGUCAAGGCAAUUGAUACCGGUUGUGCCUUCAGCACCAAAAUGCUCGAGUUCUUCUGAUAAAUCCAAGACAAAGCAAGUGGUUCGAGCUGGUGAAACUUGUCUUGCUUCUUUAAGAAAUGCCCAACAACAGCCCUCUGUUCUACUUGGGAAUUUACAGUCAAAUCCCAGUGGUCAAAUCAAAUCUGAGAAGAAGCUGUUGGUUCUCAAACCAGCUAGGGAAAACGGUGUCAGUGCUGUUAAAGAAUCUGGAAGUCCUAGUGCUAAUACAAACAGUCGAGCCGCCUCUAGCCAGCUGAUGUCCAAUGCCCAACCAACACAAUCUGCUCCUGUCAGAAGUACAAACAGCCCGAAGGAGCUCAAGGGAGCUAGUGCCUUCUCCAUGAUAUCUGGCCAAACUAUUGAAAAGAAAUCUUCUGCUGCUCAAACUCAGAGCAGAAGUGCAUUUUACAGUGCUCUGAAGCAGAAAACUGUAUCAACAAGCAUCUCCACUGAUCCUGUUAACUCUUCAACCAGCAUUUCUUCUUCUGUUGAGGGAAAAGUCAACAGCUCAAAGGAUCUUGUAGCUAGUGACCCUUCAAGUCCACAGGCAGCAAGUGGCCUCGAAGUGACUGAAAGAGUCCAGGUAGCCUCUCAUACGAGUGGCUUUGAAGCAGCAGACACUCCAGAUGAGAAAGAAGCAGAGUUCCUUAGAUCGCUCGGCUGGGAUGAAAACAGUGGCGAAGUUGCACUCACAAAGGAGGAGAUAGAAGCCUUCGUUGAACAGUACAAGAAGCUAAGGCCUUCGCUUCCGCAGAGACUGCCCAUGAUACAAGAGGCAAGAGAGGAUGUAGCUUAAAACUCCUGAACCCAACUUUACUAAACUGAAGAAAUUACUGGUUUUUGGAAGAUAGUUUCUAAUUUUUUUUUUUUUUAUAUUCUUCUUCUGUUGGUAUUUUUGUUCUUGAGAAAAGCUUAGCUACUACUAUGGAAGAGGAGAAAGGCAGGGAGGGUUUUUGUUUGUUUGUUUUGAUGGUUUGCAAAUAGUGCAAAUAAGCUGAUGAGGCUUUGAGUUGCCAUAUGAGUGUCCUGCCCUCUUCAGACUUUGUAGAUCUUUCUUUUGUCUGAAAAGAAUGGCUCAGCUCUCACGCAUGUUUCUCUUCUUCCUAUCUUCUUUUGUCUCUAAUGUUUAAUGAGCAAGAGAAUUGGCUCU